UUGAUAGUCGAGCUUUGACAAGGAAACCUAAUACCUACACCACGCACCCCGCCCACGUGACAGCAGCUCCACAGAGGUAAAGUCCAGAGUUGUUGCAGUGACCGACUUCCACAACUCCUGUAGUGGUGGCGGAAGACGAGACUGAAGACAUGCGGGUGGCAGUGAUUGGAGCUGGGGUCAUCGGCCUGUCAACAGCUCAGAGCAUCUACGAGCAGUAUCACUCCAUCAUUAGUCCACUAACCAUUGAGGUGUAUGCAGACUGUUUCACUCCACUGACCACGAGUGAUGGAGCUGCUGGCUUCUGGCAGCCGUAUCUCUACGAUAAGGGCAACGUCCAGGAGACAAAAUGGAAUAAAGAGACAUUUGACUACUUGCUAAGCUGCCUCAGUUCACCAGAGUCCAUACAAAUGGGUAUAUUCCUUCAGUCUGGCUACAACCUCUGCACUGAACCAGCCCCAGAUCCCUCAUUUAAAGAUAUUGUCCUGGGCUUCAGACAACUCACAGAACGAGAGCUGCAGCUGUUCCCCGGAUACAAUUAUGGGUGGUUCAACACUGCUCUCAUGGUGGAAGGUAAAGCCUACUUACCUUGGCUGAUGGAUUGGUUGCAAAAAAGGGGUGUGAAAUUUUAUCACAGGAAAAUAGCUUCCUUCAAAGAGCUGGCAGAAACUGGGGCAGACGUGACUAUUAACUGCACUGGGAUGAGAUCAGGAGAGCUCCAGCCGGACCCUGAGCUCAAACCAGGCCGUGGUCAGAUCGUAAAGGUGGAUGCUCCGUGGCUGAAGCAUUGGAUUCUUACUCACAAUUUCUCAACAGGAGUCUACAAUUCCCCAUACAUCAUUCCAGGGAGUCGCCUCGUGACAGUCGGAGGGAUUUUCCAGUUAGGAAACUGGAGUCAACAGAACAACUCCACUGAUCAUAAAAAAAUCUGGGAAGGCGCAUGCGAGCUCGAGCCCAGUUUGAAGCAUGCCAGGAUAGUGGAGGACUGGUCCGGCCUCAGACCUGUUCGCAGCAAAGUCCGACUGGAGAGGGAGACCAUACAGUCGGGUGCGACUACAAUAGAGGUGAUACACAACUACGGCCAUGGAGGUUUUGGACUCACCAUUCACCGAGGCUGCGCCCAGGAGGCAGCAAGGCUCUUCGGUCAGAUCGUGGAACAAAAAGGCAAAGGUCCAAAAGCUCGCUUGUAAAUUUGUAGUGAUUGGUGCACUUUAAAAAAUAUAUAUAUUUCAAUGUCAGCGCCUUGUAGCCGAUACCUCACAAACUGCUCUUGUUUGUAAUUAACAUUCAGAGCAAAUAUAUAUUCAGAAUCAUAUACCUUUGGGUUAUUUACAUCACUUCAUAACACUACUCACGUCCAUUGUUAAUUAACACAUGGCUUAUUCACAAGUAACACAAUCAUACUUAAAUACUUGUAUUUUAGGUUUUGGUAAUUAAAGUAAAGUGUACAAGCCUUUGAAAAUGUUCUCAGUAAAUGUAGAAAAUGGAGACAAACGUCCUGAUAAUGAUUAUAAACUGACAAUGAUUAUAAUUUACAUAAUCCCACUGUUUUGUAACAAAUAACGUUAAUCCACUGCUCUUUUUAAAAGAUUAUUUACGGUAAUAUCAUACACAUUUACAUCCAGUGCAUUGACAAUAAUCUGUGCACAGACACUUAAUGCAGCACUAUAUAUAUCAAACACUGGCAGGUAAAGAGUUGGUUUGCCGGACCUGAACUGGUGAAUCUCUCUCUUUUUUUAUUUUGAAACAAAACUUUGCUCAGUGUCACUCAGACUGGGCAAAGUCUGUCUCCACAUCACCUUUGUUACAAACAAAAGCAAAGACAACAACUAAACCAGGUAUUGAUACAUUAUUUACAGAAUGAAACAUCCUGCUAAAAGGUUGUGUGUAUGCUUGUGUAGGCCUGUGUGUGCACAACCUCAAAGUCCAAUAGAGUAGAGAUUGAAACACCAAAUACGUUAAUGGAAUUAUCUUUUUUUAAAUCAUUUAACACUAAGUUGAGUCUGCUUUGAUUUUUGUAAUACAUCAACGUUAAUGUACAUCAUGUUGUCUUCAAAUGCAGCCCGGCACCUGUGGACUCGUUAACAGUUGUGCUAUAAUUAUGAAAUAUCGUUGGCCGUAUGAUUAUUAUGCUCUGAUGAAGGCUUCGGCAGAUUUGUCAGGUUGUUGUGAAUAAAACUGCUGCAUAAUGAUUCUCGUUUAUUCUUAUUAUCCACGUUGAAAUGUGAAAUAAUACUGACACAAGAAUAAAAGAACAGGUUUGAACUCAGUAUGUCCUUUCACUGCCUGAUGUGAAUCUUCAAUAAAAUAACCCGAGACCUUGUUUACUC